AUGUUGUCAUCAAAGGUAACUAAAAAGUACGAACCUAUUGUUCCAAAACCUCUCUUUUAUGGUUCAUUGGUUGUAACAAUUGGUAUUGUGAUUGUAUUGCUAAAUCAUGCCUAUAACUUGUCUCGGGAUUUUAUUACAUCAGGACAGGCGAUCUAUCCAAUGAGAGUUGACAAAGGAUGGUUUAUGGAUUUUGAACAGAAUUAUAAGGCUACUCUGAUUUAUUACUUGCUAUUUUCUGCAGGAUUUAUUUAUUUCCUUUAUGGAAAUUGUGUAAUAUUUCUUAUUGGAAUUACUCUUGUAAAUUAUUUAAUUGGAAAGAUUUUCAAAUCAAGUAAGCUAAAUACUAUUGUAUCUUGGCUUUUCAAUUUGACAAUUUUAUUUACUAGUAAGCGAUAUAAUGGAUACUAUUUCCAGGACUUCUUUUUACCUGGUUCUCUAGAACAAAAUAGAGGAGUUCUCGAUUGGGAAACCUAUUUUAAUAUCUUAUUUUGUAGAUUAAUUAGUUAUAAUAUGGAUUAUUCAGAACAAUUAUCAAGGGUCCCAUCUGAUUCAAUCAAUGCUACUAAAAAGGAAGAUGAACAAUGGUCAGAAUAUAGACAACGUCAGGAAACAUCUUUGAAUAUCGAGGCUGAUUUCAAUUUACUCCAUUAUUUGGCCUACAUUUUCUAUACACCACUCUUUAUUGGUGGUCCUGUUUGCAGUUAUACUGCUUUCAUUUCUUAUGUAAAAUAUUCCACCCAAAAAGAACUCUCAUAUGGUCAAUUAAUAUGGCACACUAUUAGACUUGUCGCUUAUAUUAUUUUAUUAGAGAUUUACCUUCACUUGUUCUACACUGUUGGUUUCAAUGAUGUAGGAUUCUGGAAAGAGGGACUCUGGAGAGGAAAAUUCACUCGAGUUCUCCCUCCUUUUUCAGUUGGUGUCAUUGGUAUUACUACUCUAACAUUUAUGUAUAUGAAAUUCUUGAUUAUUUGGAGAAUGUUCAGAUUGUGGGCUCUUUGGGACGGAAUCAAUCCUCCUGAGAAUAUGAAUAGAUGUGUGAAUAAUAAUUACCUUGUUUCAGAUUUUUGGAGAUCUUGGCAUAGAUCUCUCUAUAUGUGGAUUUUACGUUAUCUUUACAUACCACUUGGAGGAAGCAAAUCAAAGGUUUGGAGUGUUUGGAUUAUUUUCACUUUUAUUGCAUUGUGGCAUGAUCUUUGGUGGAGAUGGCUUGCUUGGGCAUGGAUUAAUUGUUGUUUAUUGAUUUUGGAAGCUGUCUUUUUCUAUGCUAUUCUUCCAAGAAUGUCAUGGAUUGAAAAAUUGAGACAAAGAAGCAAGUAUACAUUUGCUUUCUUGUGUGGAUUUUCUGGAGCUAUCAGUAUUAUUACCCUUAUUAUUGCAAAUCUUGCCAUUAUGCAUGGUUUUGCUGAUACUCCACUUUUCAUUCAUCAACUCUUCUUACAACCAGGUGGUUUUGUUUACUUUUUGACAAUCUUAUUUGCACUUCCUUUUGUUGUAAUGGUCAUGAUUCAUAAGAGAGAUAUGGAAAGAAUGGCUGGUGAUGAAAAGAAGUUUUAA